AUGCAACAUCAGUACAAUAUGCGUAGCCCAGCUGUAAAGCGGCUUAUGAAGGAAGCUCAAGAACUGAGGGACCCAACUGAGCUGUUUUAUGCCCAACCUUUGGAUGACAACUUAUUUGAAUGGCACUUUACAAUCCGUGGACCUGGUGAUACCGAGUUUGAUGGAGGCAUCUUUCAUGGCCGGAUUGUGCUACCCCCAGAUUACCCUAUGAAACCACCCAGCAUUAUCAUACUUACGCCCAAUGGGCGAUUUGAGGUGAACAAGAAAAUUUGUUUGAGCAUUUCUGGUCAUCACCCUGAGUCUUGGCAGCCAUCCUGGUCAAUUCGGACUACUCUCUUAGCAAUUAUAGGCUUCAUGCCAACUCAUGGAGCAGGUGCCAUUGGAUCUUUGGAUUACACACCUGAUGAAAGGAAGAUCUUAUCCAAAAAGUCUCUGAGUUGGAAGUGUUCUGUCUGUGGUAAUGUCAGUGAUAUUCUGAAACCUUUAACUGAUGCUUCCAAAGAGACAAGCCAAGAAGCUAAAGCCCUGGCAUCUCAAAUCAAUUUCCAGGGUGAAAAGGGAGAAAAGUCUAACAAUGGAAAAGUCAGUGCACCAACGACCUCAACGGCACCUUCGUCAUCACUCCCAAACAGCAGCUCAUCACAGAGUACGACCAACAACAGUAGCCCAGGUGCAACUGCAACUAAUACUACUGCUAGCAGUUCUACUACUACUACUACUACUACUGCAUCAGCUGCCACUUUGCCGCAAAUGAUGUUUCCAUCUGCAAUGAAUCCUGGAGGAAUUCCUACAAUGUUCCCCCAGAUGCCGCCAUUUCUUCCUCCAAUGGCUGGACAGUUUCCAUUUCCAUACAGGUUUCCCUAUCCUCCAGUGAAUAAUGAUUCUAACUCCAUGCCAUGCAAUUUAAUGAUGCCUCCAUUCCCUAACCCUUUUUUGCCCCCCAUGUUUCCAGCUGGCUUUACUUUGCCCCCCACAGGAAAUCCUGAAAACCAAACCAGUUCAAAUAAUGUACCACCAUCAUUUCCCUUUCCUUUCAUGCCAGCUCCUCCAACAGUGCCUGUCUCUUCAAAUCCAACUCCUGUUGCAAGCUCAAACCUAAUCUCUUCUUCUACUACUCCAGCUACAAACUCUCUGAACAAGAGCCCAUCCACAAGCUCCAGCACAAGGACCUCCACUUCUCCCUCCACAUCAUCCACUACUUCUACAACCGCAAAUACCAGUACUUCUAAAGCCCAAGCCCAAAGCGAUGGCAGUGCCUCUACCAGUGGUGCAAGCCAGCUCUCCAAGGAUCCUUCAGUAGCAUCUGCAAGAGAUAAAAACACUGUCUUGUCUACCUCUUCUUCUACUUUGUCUUCUCCUACUUCAUCUUCUCCUCCUCCUCCUUCUUCUUCUUCUUCAGAUGCUUCGAAAGCAGCAAAAACAAAUUCAGAAGAUAAACACAAGUCAACUGAAACUGCCAAUUCUGCUGCUGAGACAAGUACAACUACUGAAUCGGGUUUGCGGCACAGAGUGACUGCUGUCUCGAGUGGUGCAUCAACGGCUACUGCAAAUUCUGAUCAACCAAGUGCAACUAUGCAACCGGCAGCCACACCUGCACCUGAAAGGGCAGGUCAGUCUAGAAGCACCCCCAGUUUUGUGCUCAUGUUCAAGCAAGUAAAUCUUUUUCUUUUUUUGCUCUUUUUUUCCUUCUUUUUCUCUUCUCUUUUUUCUCUUUUUCUUUCUCUUUUCUCUUUUUCUUUCUCUUUUCUCUUUUUCUUUCUCUUUUUCUUUCUCUUUUUUCUUCUUUUUCUUUCUCUUUUUCUUCUUUUUCUUUUUCUUCUUUUCUUUUUUCUUCUUUUCUUUUUUCUUCUUUUUUUUUUUUUCUUUUUUUUUUUCUUUUUCUUUUUCUUUUUCUUCUUUUUUUUUUUUCUUCUUUUCUUUUUUCUUCUUCUUUUCUUUUUCUUCUUCUUUUUCUUUUUCUUCUUUUUUUUUUUUUUUUCUUUUUCUUUUUUUUUUCUUCUUCUUUUUCUUUUUUCUUCUUCUUUUUCUUUUUUCUUCUUCUUUUUCUUUUUUCUUCUUCUUUUUCUUUUUUCUUCUUUUUUUUUUUCCCCCAAGGAACUCACUACACCCAAAGAAAUCUGA